AUGGCUGAUAUCGAGAAGCAAACCGAGAUUCGCGAGAAAAAACUUCGCAAUGUUAUGCGAGAGCUUAAGAUCCAGAAGCUGUGCCUUAACAUUUGCGUUGGAGAAUCUGGAGAUCGACUCACCAGAGCGGCUAAGGUUCUUGAACAACUUACUGGACAAACUCCAGUUUUUUCAAAAGCCAGAUAUACUGUCAGAACUUUCGGUAUCCGUAGAAACGAAAAAAUUGCGGUUCACUGUACUGUUCGUGGACCAAAAGCCGAAGAGAUCUUAGAAAAAGGACUCAAGGUCAAGGAAUACGAGUUGUAUAAAGAGAACUUUUCCGACACGGGAAACUUUGGAUUCGGAAUUCAGGAACAUAUUGAUCUUGGAAUCAAAUAUGAUCCAUCAAUCGGAAUUUACGGAAUGGAUUUCUACGUCGUGCUUGAUCGCUCAGGAGGCCGUGUUUCCAAACGCAGACGUGCUCCAGGACGUAUUGGACCAUCGCACAGAGUGGGACGUGAUGAAUCAAUUAAAUGGUUCCAACAGAAGUACGAUGGUAUCAUCCUUCCACCAAAGCCAAAGGUUAAGAGGAACGUCUACCGUCGCCGUUAA